GCUCGUUGGCGGCUGGGUGGAUCGAGGCGCGGGCUAUGGCUGCGCGGCGCCGGGGUCGCGGGCGUUAGGUGGCGGGCCCGGGGCAAUCUGGCUCUGGUCACGGUGGCGAUGGAAGCCUGCUUGGAGCCUGCAGGAGCAAUCAAGGCAAUUGACCGGAAGUCGGUGCACCAGAUUUGUUCAGGGCAGGUUGUGCUAAGCCUCUGCACUGCCGUAAAAGAGCUGGUGGAAAACAGUAUAGAUGCUGGAGCUACUAACAUUGAGAUUAAAUUGAAAGAAUUUGGAGCAGAUUUGAUUGAAGUAUCAGAUAAUGGAGAUGGAGUGGAGGAGAAAAACUUCAAAGGACUGACACUGAAACAUUACACAUCCAAGCUACAAGAUUUCUCUGACCUGUUGCACAUGGACACAUUUGGAUUUAGAGGUGAAGCCUUGAGCUCCUUGUGUGCCCUGAGCAACCUUUCAAUUGUGACUUGCCACAAGACUGCCAAAGUUGGAACCCGCCUGCUAUUUGACAAUAAUGGGCACAUCAGCCAAAAAAUGCCAUAUCCUCGACAGCAAGGGACAACAGUUAACGUCCAGCAGUUGUUUAAUACACUUCCGGUCAGGCACAAGGAGUUUCUGCGAAAUAUUAAGAAGGAGUACGGUAAAAUGGUGCAGGUGCUGCAGGCCUAUUGCAUCAUUUCCACAGGGAUACGGAUCACAUGUACAAAUCAGGUUGGACAAGGAAAGAAAAACCCUGUUGUUUGUACUAGUGGCUGCUCCACGUUAAAGGAGAAUAUCGGCGCUGUCUUUGGAUCAAAGCAGUUACAGAGCCUUGUCCCCUUUGUUCAGCAAUGUCCUAGUGAAACUAUUUGCGAAGAUUAUGGAAUUAAUCCUGUUGAUAUCCCUGAAAAUCUGUACACGAUCACAGGUUUUGUGUCUCGUAGCCAUCAUGGAGUUGGUAGGAGUACAACUGACCGACAGUUUUUCUUCAUCAAUCAGCGACCAUGUGAUCCUAUAAAGGUUUCAAAACUCAUAAACGAAGUAUAUCACAUGUAUAACAGGCAUCAAUAUCCAUUUGUUGUCCUGAAUGUCUGUGUUGAUUCUAAGUGUGUGGAUGUCAAUGUCACACCAGACAAAAGACAGAUUUUUCUUCAGGAUGAAAAGCUCCUUCUUGCAAUCCUGAAAACGUCCCUUAUUCAGAUGUAUGAUUCUGAUGCGAACAAGCUUAAUGUUAAUCAGAAGUUUCAUCAGAACGCAGUUUUGGGCACCUUUGAGAAAGUUCCCCAGACUGUCAUUCCAGAUUCCUCAGUUCCAAAUGAGCGUGAAUCUGCUUCUGUGCGUUCAGAGAAGGAAAAGAAUAUAAGCAUUGCCAGAUUGCGUGAGGCAUUCUCUCUACACCAGUCCUCGUUCUGUAGAUUUAAGUACGGUGAAAGACAGGAUUUGCCGGUGCAGCGGAAACUCGAUUCGUUUUUGACGAACCGCGUGCAGAGCAGCCCUCGGUCCGGACCCCAAGAUGGGACGUCGCCCAGAAAUUGUGAGCCAUUGCAGAAAGACUGCAGGAGCUCAGAGAGCGACACAGAUUCCGGAAGGGGCAAUACCACGCCCUCUUCGAUCGGCAGUAACACGCCCGAGGUCAGCACUUCAGCCAAAUGUAGCGAGACCUCUGACAGUGCAAUGAGCUCACCCAUUGCACUGCAGACCUUCCCAGAAGCUCGGAAAGGGGAUGAAGAAAUGAAAACUGAAGCAGCCAUCUAUGAUGCCUGUAUUCCCAACGUUGCCGUGUCUGCAGAGAAAGCUAAUCCAAUAGGAAAUGGCGACCAGGUAUUGGUAGAUUCUCACUCGUAUGAUAACACCUUCCAGAAUGCAAAACGCGCUAAGUUUGAGGGUUCAGAUGCUGAUUUGCCUUGGGAUAUCGGACAUUCCCAGAAAUUGGAAGUUGAUAGACCAGUGGAAAUGAGUAAAAGGAUUGUAAAGCUCCCUUUUUCAAUGAGCCUUCUUGCCGAAAGGCUGAAAGUGAUCAACGCUCAGCGAGCAGAGCAGGAUGAGGCACAGAGAUGCCGGCGAUUUCGAGCCCAGAUUAAUCCCGGAGACAACCAAGCAGCAGAGGAGGAACUCCGGAAAGAAAUCAGCAAAGACAUGUUUGCAACCAUGGAGGUUCUUGGCCAGUUUAACCUGGGAUUUAUUAUCACCAAGCUUGGGUCGGACCUAUUCAUUGUCGACCAGCAUGCCACUGAUGAGAAGUACAACUUCGAAAUGCUGCAACAACAUACCGUUCUCCAAGGUCAAAGACUGAUAGCACCCCAGAAUCUUCAUUUAACAGUAGUGAACGAAACUAUACUGAUGGAAAAUAUAGAGAUCUUCAGAAAGAAUGGGUUCGAUUUUAUCAUAAAUGAGCAAGCACCUCCUGCAGAGAGAGUGAAGCUGGUUUCCUUGCCAAUGAGCAAGAACUGGACUUUUGGUGUCCAGGAUAUCGAGGAGCUGAUCUUCAUGCUGAGCGACAGCCCUGGGGUGAUGUGCCGGCCGUCACGGGUCAGGCAAAUGUUUGCUUCCAGAGCCUGUAGGAAAUCAGUGAUGAUUGGGACUGCACUAACUAACGGUGAGAUGAGGAAGUUGGUUACGCACAUGGGUGAGAUAGAACAUCCCUGGAACUGCCCGCAUGGACGACCAACCAUGAGACAUCUAGUCAACUUGGACAUGAUUUCUGUGGAAUGAAUGCAUGUGACUGGACCACCUAUAUUAAACAGUUAAUCUUAGAUAUAACUACUCUGGUUUUUAGUGCCCAGGAUAUGUUUCAAUAGUGUUAAUGGCAGCACAAAAUGGUCAAUGCCCAGAGCAAGGGUUCCCAACCUUUGUUAUGCCAUAGAACCCUAACAUUAAUCGAGGGCUCCAUGGACCCAGGCUGGGAACUCCUGGCCUAGGGAAAGUUAUUACCAACAGUCCUACAAUGCUAGGGACUUAGCAUAAACUCCUGCCCCUCCUGAUGUUAAUUGCUGCUCUGCUGGGAGUCAACGAGAACUCAAUUCCCCAUGUGACUCAGUGUGCAGGGGCCUGCCUCUGGGUUCUGCCACUAGCUGACCGAGCUGGGGGGCAUUCUGGCCAGUGUGGUGAGUAUAGGUAUAGUGGGACUGGUAGCCCCCAAGCCCCACCUUUCAGCAAUGGGCAGAUGCACUGCCCACCCCCUGACCUUCACAGGCAGCCUCCCCACACUGAGCCACAAGGGGAUUCAUUGCUGGGGGGGCGGGGGGUCGCUAGCAGAGAAUAGGGACUGGCACAGCCUUGGGGAGAAAUCUGCGCCAGCUCCCCAUACCGCAGCCUGCAGCCUGAGCAGUUACCUCUUUGUAAAUAUACCUGUGAGUGUUCAGACCAGAGGACCAAGAUCAUCGUCCUGCGGGAUAGCGUUAAGUGAGGGACAAAGGCUUAUUAUAUCAUCAGAUGUAAUUAGAUUGUACAGUAGUAAAAUGCUCUCUUUGCAACAGUGUACAAGAUGUGAAAUCUUAAGUAGUACUUGCAGAAAUAUCACUGUUUUGUUUCAUUUCUAUUAAAAUUUAAAUUUUGUACUCUU